AUGGCGCCUGGGAGCCCGUGGUGGCCGCCAUCGCCGCCGCUGUUGCUGCUGCUGCUGAUGUUGGCGGUGGGCGCUGGCGGCCUGGAGUUCGGCGGCGGCCCCGGGCAGUGGGCUCGCUACGCGCGCUGGGCGGGCGCGGCAAGCAGCGGGGAGCUCAGCUUCAGCCUGCGCACAAACGCCACGCGCGCGCUGCUGCUCUACCUGGACGACGGCGGUGACUGCGACUUCCUGGAGCUGCUGUUGGUGGAUGGGCGCCUGAGGCUGCGCUUCACGCUUUCGUGCGCUGAGCCGGCCACGCUGCAGCUGGACACGCCAGUGGCCGACGACCGCUGGCACAUGGUGCUACUGACCCGCGACGCGCGACGCACCGCACUGGCGGUAGACGGCGAGGCCCGAGCCGCCGAAGUGCGUUCGAAGAGGCGCGAGAUGCAGGUGGCCAGCGACCUGUUCGUGGGCGGCAUCCCGCCCGACGUGCGCCUCUCGGCGCUCACGCUCAGCACCGUCAAGUACGAACCGCCAUUCCGCGGCCUCCUGGCCAACCUGAAGCUGGGCGAGCGGCCCCCUGCGCUGCUGGGCAGCCAGGGCCUACGCGGCGCCGCUGCCGACCCUCUGUGCGCGCCCGCGCGCAACCCCUGCGCAAACGGCGGCCUCUGCACAGUGCUGGCCCCCGGCGAGGUGGGCUGCGACUGCAGCCACACGGGCUUCGGCGGCAAGUUCUGCAGCGAAGAGGAGCACCCCAUGGAAGGUCCGGCUCACCUGACGUUAAACAGCGAAGUAGGGUCCUUACUGUUCUCCGAGGGGGGGGCCGGGAGAGGAGCAGCCAGUGAUGUGCACCAGCCGACGAAAGGCAAGGAGGAGUUCGUGGCGACCUUUAAAGGCAAUGAGUUCUUCUGCUACGACCUGUCACACAACCCGAUCCAGAGCAGCACGGACGAGAUCACCCUGGCCUUCCGCACCCUGCAGCGUAAUGGGCUGAUGCUGCACACGGGCAAGUCGGCCGACUACGUCAACCUGUCCCUCAAGUCUGGCGCCGUCUGGCUGGUCAUCAACCUGGGCUCAGGAGCCUUCGAGGCCCUUGUGGAGCCUGUCAAUGGCAAGUUCAACGACAAUGCCUGGCACGACGUCCGGGUCACCCGAAACCUGCGCCAGCACGCAGGGAUUGGACACGCUAUGGUGACCAUCUCGGUGGACGGGAUCCUGACCACCACAGGCUACACGCAGGAGGAUUACACCAUGCUGGGCUCGGACGACUUCUUCUACAUCGGGGGCAGCCCCAACACAGCCGACCUGCCGGGCUCGCCCGUCAGCAACAACUUCAUGGGCUGCCUCAAGGACGUGGUCUAUAAGAAUAAUGACUUCAAGCUGGAGCUAUCCCGCCUGGCAAAGGAAGGGGACCCCAAGAUGAAGCUGCAGGGGGACCUGUCAUUCCGCUGCGAAGAUGUGGCUGCCCUGGACCCCGUGACCUUUGAGAACCCUGAGGCUUUUGUGGCCCUGCCCCGCUGGAGCGCCAAGCGCACCGGCUCCAUCUCCCUGGACUUCCGCACCACGGAGCCCAAUGGGCUGCUGCUCUUCAGCCAGGGCCGGAGGGCCGGGGCCGGGGCCGGGACGGGCAGCCACAGCUCUGCCCAGCGGGCCGACUACUUUGCCAUGGAGCUGUUGGAUGGCUACCUCUACCUUCUGCUGGACAUGGGCUCCGGGGGCAUCAAGCUGCGGGCGUCCAGCCGCAAGGUCAAUGACGGCGAGUGGUGCCACGUGGACUUCCAGAGGGACGGACGCAAAGGCUCCAUCUCCGUGAACAGCCGCAGCACACCGUUCUUGGCCACUGGGGAGAGCGAGAUUCUGGACCUGGAGAGCGAGCUGUACCUGGGCGGUCUCCCUGAGGGGGGCCGAGUGGAAAUGCCCCUGCCCCCGGAGGUGUGGACGGCGGCGCUUCGGGCUGGCUAUGUGGGCUGUGUGCGGGACCUCUUCAUAGACGGGCGUAGCCGAGACCUGCGGGGCCUGGCCGAGGCACAGGGGGCUAUGGGUGUUGCCCCCUUCUGCUCCCGGGAGACUCUGAAGCAGUGUGCAUCUGCCCCCUGUCGCAACGGGGGCAUCUGCCGAGAGGGCUGGAACCGCUUCGUCUGUGACUGCGUCGGGACCGGCUUUCUGGGGCGGGUCUGUGAGAGAGAGGCCACGGUCCUGAGCUAUGACGGCUCCAUGUACAUGAAGAUCAUGCUGCCGAACGCCAUGCACACAGAGGCGGAGGACGUGUCCCUGCGCUUCAUGUCCCAGCGGGCGUAUGGGCUCAUGAUGGCCACCACAUCCAGGGAGUCAGCCGACACCCUGCGCCUCGAGCUGGACGGGGGCCAGAUGAAGCUCACUGUCAACCUCGACUGCCUGCGCGUCGGCUGCGCACCCAGUAAAGGCCCCGAGACCCUCUUUGCGGGGCACAAGCUCAAUGACAACGAGUGGCACACGGUGAGGGUAGUGCGGCGUGGCAAGAACCUGCAGCUGUCUGUGGACAACGUGACUGUGGAGGGACAGAUGGCAGGAGCCCAUACACGGCUGGAGUUCUACAACAUUGAGACGGGCAUCAUGACGGAGCGGCGUUUCAUCUCUGUGGUGCCCUCCAACUUCAUCGGGCACCUGAGUGGGCUGGUGUUCAAUGGCCAGCCCUACAUGGACCAGUGCAAGGACGGGGACAUCACUUAUUGCGAGCUCAAUGCUCGCUUUGGCCUACGUGCCAUUGUGGCAGAUCCCGUCACCUUCAAGAGUCGGAGCAGCUACCUGGCACUUGCCACUCUUCAAGCCUACGCCUCUAUGCACCUCUUCUUCCAGUUCAAGACCACAGCCCCCGAUGGGCUUCUCCUGUUCAACUCUGGCAAUGGCAAUGACUUCAUUGUCAUUGAGCUGGUCAAGGGGUACAUCCACUACGUGUUUGACCUGGGGAAUGGCCCGUCCUUGAUGAAGGGGAACUCGGACAAACCGGUCAAUGACAACCAGUGGCACAACGUGGUGGUGUCGAGGGACCCAGGCAACGUGCACACGCUCAAGAUCGACUCCCGAACUGUCACGCAGCACUCCAAUGGCGCCCGCAACCUUGAUCUCAAAGGGGAGUUGUACAUUGGUGGUCUGAGCAAGAAUAUGUUCAGCAACCUGCCCAAGCUGGUGGCCUCCCGGGAUGGCUUUCAGGGCUGCCUGGCCUCAGUGGACCUCAACGGGCGCCUCCCAGACCUCAUCGCUGACGCCCUGCACCGCAUCGGGCAGGUGGAGAGGGGCUGUGACGGCCCCAGUACCACCUGCACCGAAGAGUCUUGUGCCAACCAGGGCGUCUGCUUGCAGCAGUGGGAUGGCUUCACCUGUGACUGCACCAUGACUUCCUAUGGAGGCCCUGUCUGCAAUGACCCCGGGACCACAUACAUCUUUGGGAAGGGGGGAGCGCUCAUCACCUACACGUGGCCCCCCAAUGACCGGCCGAGCACGAGGAUGGACCGCCUGGCCGUGGGCUUCAGCACGCACCAGCGGAGCGCUGUGCUGGUGCGGGUGGACAGCGCCUCGGGCCUUGGAGACUACCUGCAGCUGCACAUCGACCAGGGCACCGUGGGGGUGAUCUUUAAUGUGGGCACGGACGACAUCACCAUCGACGAGCCCAAUGCCAUCGUGAGUGACGGCAAAUACCACGUGGUGCGCUUCACUAGAAGUGGUGGCAACGCCACCCUGCAGGUGGACAGCUGGCCAGUCAAUGAGCGGUACCCAGCAGGAAACUUUGAUAACGAGCGCCUGGCGAUUGCUAGACAGAGAAUCCCCUACCGGCUUGGUCGAGUAGUAGAUGAGUGGCUGCUCGACAAAGGCCGCCAGCUGACCAUCUUCAACAGCCAGGCUGCCAUUAAGAUCGGGGGCCGGGAUCAGGGCCGCCCCUUCCAGGGCCAGGUGUCUGGCCUCUACUACAAUGGGCUCAAGGUGCUGGCGCUGGCCGCCGAGAGCGACCCCAAUGUGCGGACCGAGGGCCACCUGCGCCUGGUGGGGGAGGGGCCGUCUGUGCUGCUCAGCGCGGAGACCACGGCCACCACCCUGCUGGCAGACAUGGCCACCACCAUCAUGGAAACCACCACCACCAUGGCCACUACCACCACACGCCGGGGCCGCUCCCCAACGCUGAGGGACAGCACCACCCAGAACACAGAUGACCUCCUGGUGGCCUCGGCUGAGUGUCCGAGCGAUGACGAGGACCUAGAGGAGUGUGAGCCCAGUACUGGAGGAGAGUUAAUAUUGCCCAUUAUCACGGAGGACUCCCUAGACCCCCCUCCCGUGGCUACCCGAUCCCCCUUCGUGCCCCCACCCCCCACCUUCUACCCCUUCCUCACGGGCGUGGGCGCGACUCAAGACACCCUGCCCCCGCCCUCUGCCCGCCGCCCACCCUCCGCCGGGGGCCCGUGCCAGGCCGAGCAGGACGACAGCGACUGCGAGGAGCCCAUCGAGGCCUCGGGCUUUGCCUCCGGGGAGGUCUUUGACUCCAGCCUCCCCCCCACGGACGACGAGGACUUUUACACCACCUUCCCCCUGGUCACGGACCGCACCACCCUCCUCUCACCCCGAAAACCCGCUCCCCGGCCCAACCUCAGGACAGAUGGGGCCACAGGCGCCCCUGGGGUGCUGCUAGCCCCUUCUGCCCCAGCCCCCAACCUGCCAGCGGGCAAAAUGAACCACCGAGACCCGCUGCAGCCCCUGCUGGAGAACCCACCCGUGGGGCCCGGGGCCCCCACGUCCUUCGAGCCACGGAGGCCCCCUCCCCUGCGCCCUGGUGUGACCUCUGCCCCCGGCUUCCCCCAUCUACCCACAGCCAACCCCACGGGGCCUGGGGAACGGGGACCGCCGGGCGCAGUGGAGGUGAUCCGGGAGUCCAGCAGCACCACGGGCAUGGUGGUGGGCAUCGUGGCGGCCGCGGCGCUCUGCAUCCUCAUCCUCCUCUAUGCCAUGUACAAGUACCGCAACCGCGACGAGGGCUCCUACCAGGUCGACCAGAGCCGGAACUACAUCAGUAACUCGGCCCAGAGCAAUGGGGCGGUGGUGAAGGAGAAGGCCCCGGCGGCCCCCAAGACGCCCAGCAAGGCCAAGAAGAACAAAGACAAGGAGUAUUACGUCUGAGCCCCGGGCACCUCGUCCCACUGCCAGCUGUCCCUUCCGGGAGGGCCCGGGAGUAGGGUGCGGUCCUCUCCCUGCCGGGGCUCUGGGGCCCCACUCCGUGGCUGCCUCAGACUUCUCUCACGAAGAGGAAACGCAAAAAAAAAAAAAAAAAAAAAGGAAAGAAAGAAAGGAAAGGAAAACCCCGUGCUCAUCCCUUUCCUCCUGCCGUUUGGGGUGGCGGCACCGUCAGUCGUGGGGCUGGCUGUCCCUCUCCGCUCUGCGCUCCUGGGCAGGGCACGUGCUCACAGCCCUGGGUUGAUUUAUUUUUUUAAAGGGAGUAGUUUUAUUUUGGUGGGGUUGGGCGGGAAGGAAGGCCGGGGGUUUUGUAAAGUGUCCACUGCUUGUCCUGUUAAUUUUCCUCAACUUUUCUUUUUCCUCCCUCUGUCCCUCCUGCCUUCCUUCUCUUCCAAGCCCUCCAGUCCCCACCCCAGGCUUGCAGUCUCUCUGCCCCAUCCUCCUUCCCACUUCUUUUUUUGUGUGUGUCUGGUUUCUCCCUUUGGGUUUCCAGAGUCCGCGGGAGAAGGGGGGGAGGGUGGGCGAGCGCCCAGCGAGGGAGGGGGCGGGGCAGCAGGCGCCCCCCGAGAGCGCCCGGGCCCCGCCCACUGGGGGAGGUGCCUUCCUGGUGCAGUCCAAGGAAGGGGCUUGGGCUUGGGGAAGCCUGUUCUGUUGUGAGCCGCCGGGCAACGUGCAUUGCUGGGGGAACUGCUGGAGGAGCGGGGGUGGGGGGCGGGGGGUGGGGGGAGGGGAAAGGCAAAUGCAGAUAUAUAUUAAAGACAAAUAAUCUAGAUACCGUGAGCAGCAGCCUGGGGCACCCGGUGGGCGCCAGCAGCAGGGGAGAGAGAGCGAGGCAUUGCCCUCGGACUGCUGGGGUCACUUCUCUGCCCACGGGCUCCCUGCUCCCCCAAUUUUUUCUCUUUGUUAAUGUGUCUGAGUCUUGGAAAACACCCCAACCCCAGAAAUGUGUGGGAAAAGAAAACAAAAACUUUCCAAAC